CCAGGACUCAAGGUCACCCGCUUUCUAUGAAAAUUGUUUGGUAAAAUUGUUUGUCUGGAAACUCUGGAGGGUAUUUGGUUUUCUCUACGACUUCACACUCAUUUUCACUUCCACAAAAUAUGAGUUCCGCACCAGUAACAGAAUUGGAUUUAAUAUCAGCACUUCAGGCAGUUGGUGCCUUAAACAAAUUGGAUGAAUCGUCUGUAUCGUCAUAUGAGUCAAAAUCAACUCUGAAUGAUUUACCCGUAGAAACAAUAUCAAAUGCUUCAUCUGAUUAUUUUCCAGUUCUUGAUCGAUCUGAAUCUCUUCGUAUUAUACACAAUCUAGUUGAAGGCCUACUGCGAGUGCAAACGCGUGAUUCGUCUACAGCACCUCGUCAUUUAAAUGCUGUAUUGUCAUCUCUGUUGCGAUUUCUUAGUGAUUCUAAUUCUGAUGUUCGUAUAGCUGCAGAUGAAGGCUUGAACAAGCUCAUAAAGUUUCUUCGAUCAAGUAUGUCGCAUCUAAUUUUAUUUGAACUGUUUAUGGAAUUGAAACGUAAUCAUAAUGCAAGAUCUGUGUCUGUUGCUAUGUCGAAAUUUGCUGCAUUAGCUUCACAAAUUAGAACAACGAAACGGAGAUUCUACGCUGUCAACUUACUUCCAACUUUUAUUUCAAUCUGUGAACAAGAAAAUGAUUUAUUAUAUGAAAAUUUAAUUGAUUCUUUUGGACAAAUUGCAAAUGAAUUGUUCUACUAUGCAACUGAAAAAGAAUUACGCAGUUUUUUACGUACACAAUUUAAAAGAUUAUCAUCAAAUAAAGCUCUGAUACGACGUACAAUUGCUCAGUUAUUAGUUAUCACAUGCCAAUCAUCUCGUGUACCGCUUACACUAUUGCGUUAUCUAUUGCACUUGAUAUUAGCGGAAAUGGAAUCACUCAGUGCUGUUUCAUCUACAGAACCAGUUAAAGUUGACUAUGAUUCAUCAACACCGAACAAUUUUAUCACCUAUUGGACAGGUUUAUUUAAUACAAUACGCUAUUUAUCUAUUGGUUGGGAACAACUUUCAAAUAAUAUUACAAAGAAUUCAUCCUAUCUAAAUUUAAAUCUACCUUCAACAUCAUCAAUUGAUUUAAAAUUUUUAAAUAAUAUACAUUCUAGGAUAUCUGGUGCUGCUGAUCCAGAAAGUCCAGAAAUGCCUAAUCCAGCAGACGAUUCAACUGUUCUACAGUCAAGUCAACAUGCUACAGACACAAUGGAAUCAUCAAGAAAAUUACCUAUGCAUAAAAUUAAUUAUUCAGAAUUGGAUAAUCAAAUGUGGUCAAAAACAUUCUUCAUAUGUUUACAUCAUGCAUGCAAUCAAUCUAAUCUGAAUUCGCUGAUGUUACAGACCGCGGCUUUAGAGGCUUUUGUACAAUUGUUAACUGUUAGACGUCCUCUCUUUUUAUAUCCAUUUAAUUGGCUCACAAAUAUUACAUCAUUAUCAUCAUCAACAACAACAACAACAUCGUCAAGGUCACCAUCAUCAUCAAUCAAUCAAAGUUUUCAUAGUGAUAAGACCAGUAGUGAAGUACAAGGUGGUGAUAAAACAGUCGACAAAUCGCCGUCAUCAUCGUCAUUAACGCCACAUUUUCUCAAUAAAAGUGAACUCAGUAUUGAUACCAGUAUUCACAAAGAAGCAUAUGAUGUUGUCCCAAAUGAUUAUUUACUAAGAACACUUUCUUCAGAGUCUAUCAACACUAAAAGUCCUAGUUCCGAUUUUCAAUCUGUAGACAGUCGUGAUACAUUCCUUAUUCGUUCAGUAUCCUCAUCAAGUUUAUCGUCAUCUUUGAAGAUGGAUUCAAAUCAGAUUACAUCAAAUGAAGAGAUUCGUAAUCAGCUAUCAGUUGUUCGUGCUCAAUUAGCCAAAGAUGAAGAAAAACUGGCAAACAAUGGGAAUAGUGAUGUUUUCAGUGAUUUAGGUUAUGAUAUCAUUGAUGAUUCAAUGGGAAAUAUACAAUCUGCCCAAAUUGAUGAUAGUAGUCUUGAUUCACCUAAUGGGAAUAAGCCUAUACAUGAUACUAAGCAAACGCCUAUCCAUCAGACAAAAAUCUGUCCCAUAAACUUAGCUGAUCUUAUUAACAGCUGUCUUACAAAUCAUAAUGAACCAAUAAGUCUUAUGCAAAUUGAUUGGUUAUUACCAUUCCUUCUAUUAUCAUUUGAUAUGAUGCCUAAAAAUAUGACAAAUCAAUACGAAUGGCCGAAACCGUCAACUAUGCCUCGGACUAGUUUACACUUACUUGUGAUUAAUUGUCUAACUAAUUUAGCUCAAUUUAAUCCAUUCAUGUUUUUUAAACAAUUAAAUGGAAAUCAGUGUUGUUCAAAUGAUCAACAAUUUAAUCUUGAACAGUCGCAAUGGCCUACUGCAGUUGAUGUUAUUCUCGAAUUUCACAACAAUAGUACAGAUCCACAAGUUCAAGGGCAAAUUUGCAUACUUAUUGGCAAUUUGAUUGGUGCUAGUUUAGUUUGGCAAAAUGUAAAUUAUGCUGAAACUAACAGCACACUGAAUGAUGAAGAUGCAUCGCCUCAUAGGUCAGUGCAAAGUAACCUGGAACGUCUUUUCAGUCAACUAGAAGUAUAUUUAAAUCCAAGUAUUUCUGGUAUUGCCUUUCGAUGGGCUUUAUCAGGAUUACGUGCGUGUUCUAGCGCUUUAUUAUCGUGUUGUACCAGUUGCUCAACAUCGUCAGCCUCGCCAUCAUCGUCAUCUUCCGUAUUAUGCUCAAAUGAAUUCAAUACACCAUUUGAUAGAAGAUUAUUACUUUAUCGUUUUCUGAAAAUAUUAACAUCAUUAAUUGUUCAUACAUCACGUCAUUCGUAUCGUUUAGUACGACGUGAAUUAUUAAAUCUUAUCAUUGAACUUGACUGGGCAACUAUCAGUUAUUUAGAGGAAACAUUGAAAAUGUGCAAUUUUCAAAAGUCUGCUUGGUUUGCUGUGAAACCAGUUAGACUGAUCGACUUAGCUUGGACAGAAUGUUGGCGUAUUCUUUGUGAUGCUGAUCCUGAUCUACGUGAACAAGCUUCAGUUGGGCUGAUUGCUCUAUGUUCUAACCUGACGAGUGGUAUUGGUGACUAUCUGGGCAUUUCUACUGGAGACCUACUGCCAAAUCGUGUCAAUCGUAGUUUACAGUUUUGGUUUCCUCAAUCGUAUUCACAAAGUAAAUUAGGUGUUUCGUGUUUUGGAUUAGUUGGUUGCUUGGGUGCUUACAGUUUACCUCCGUGUUUGUCAACUCUACCAAUGGAAAUGGAUGUUGGACCUGUUGGACAACAGUUUUAUCAAUCAAAAAUAUCUCAAUUGUUACAUUUAGAAGGAAAUAAUAAUAAUAAUAAUAAUAAUAAUAAUAAUAAUAGAACACCUAAACAGAUGAACUGUUUUCAUUCAAAUAGUACUGGAGCUAUACGUCUUUUUCGGAACUGUUUAACGGCUUUAAUGGAAUUACCGUGUUCCAGUGUCCUACCGGAAGAUCGUUAUAUGCUGCUUGGUGUCGUUAGUUGCUUAAAUCAAUUGAUUGGAUUCUCUCAUUUGCUGAGUUAUUCUGAUAUAUGGUUCGAUUCAUCAUCAUCAUCGUCAUCAUCUGAUUCCAAGCCGUUAAGUGGUGACCAAAUGGAGGAGCAUUCUGUGCAAUCUUCACAACGUAGAUCACGUCUUUCGCUUUUAUCUUGGCAUUGUCUGACUCUGUUAUCAUCAAUACCCAUAACAUCAACCGAUAUAGAGCUUCAAUUGUCAUUGUUACAUCUAUGCACUGGUUGUGUAAUACGUUGGUCUAUUUUUACAUUAUUGGAUAAAUCUGCAAGAAAACAUGAUAUCAACACUACAGACAACAGCAAUGAGUCAGAUGUGUCGAAUUAUCAAAAACCAUUCACUCGAUUCGCUUUAGCCUAUAUGCAACACUUGAUGAGGGUUUGUUGUGUAAUGUGGCAUGUUUUUGAAGGCAUCCCUCUACCUCAAAACAAUCAAUCAGACUCAGUUAUAUCCAAGAUGCCUAUUGGUUCAAUGUAUUCUGGUAUAUCAGAGUCUUUUAUGCAUACAGUAGCGAAUAUAGCUCAAACAAGUACUAACUUCUCCCUGAAUAAAAACAAUCAAGACUCAGUAAGUGGAUCAAAUACUCUUGGCAACAGUGGUAAUACUGAUUCAUCAAUCAAUAAAAAACGCAAUUAUGGUACUAAAUUAGGCGGUUCAUUGAGAAGACAUUUAUCAGUCCCUCGUUAUUCACCAACAUUUUCAACAUCAAAUUUGGGAUAUUUUGCCAAUAUGCCACAUUAUGUAGCACUGUAUAAAACUCUUAAAACUGCAUAUAAAACGUUUAAAAUAUCUUCUGAUUUGAAUGGUGUUCAGGACCGAUUAAUGUGUUUAUUACAAACAUGUCUGUACUCCUUUGGUCGAUUAUUAGAAAAUCUUCAGUUCAAUGAUAUAGCUCCGUAUGCAGAUGAAUUAUUAAUGUAUUUAACAUCAUUUUACAAUUGGCAACCUGGUGCAUGUUUAGAGUUGGCAACACAACUACUUCGAGCCUUUGUAGGCACAAAUCUUUGCAACCAAUGGGAUGAUCAGUUAUCAUGUUUGUAUUCAGAAGCUUUAAAUCGUACAAGUUUCAGCCAGACUGGAAAAGAUGGAGUGGAAAAACACAGCAGACAUAGUGUAAAAAAUACUGUCGAUUGUUGCAUUGAUAAACUAUUGGAACAAAAUAAAGCUGUCACAAAUUAUUUAUUAGACCAAAGUGUUUUAAACGAGAAUAAACUUUGUUGGAUUACAAUACCAGAACUUCAUCAAGCUCCGAUAUCUGCAUGGAUUCGAUUCGCUCGACAACGUCGUAUUCCUAUUGGGUUAGAGUAUGCAAAUAGCACUGAUAGAGCAUUGGCUACUUCAUCGGCACAAACAAUGACUAUGUCUGCACUGAAGAUAAAAUCUGACGUUCAGUCAUUUUUCAAACGUCUUGAGCACAUUGUACUACGGGGUAUGGAAAAUUAUAAAUGGACAAAUAAUUAUUCACUACAAACUGGUAUACUAGAUCUACUCAUUCAUCUAAUAUACUUACGUAUGAAUUAUUGUCAGCUUGAUGUACAACAAAAAUUCCUACAUACUGUGAUCAGCCAUUGUGAAAAUUUGGCUUCAGAAAUUCAACGAAUUGAAACAAUCGCAUUGAUGACUUCGAAUUCACUGUACCAUCAUCAACAAACUGGUAAAGCUGGUCAACAGUUGAAUUCACAGAAACGAUCCUUAUUCUCUUCAUUCUCAUCAGUUUCUAUCUCCCGGAGUGAAUGUUACAAUUCUGAUUCAUUUCUCUUCCCUAUGAUAAAUUUAAGAGAACCGUCUACAAUACAUCAACAUCAGCGUCUUGUAAAUGCUAUAUUUCGUUUUUUGGUUACUCUAACUUAUCAACACCGUGUUAUUUCAUCGACUACUUUGUCAUCAUCAGCAUCAGCAUCAUCACCGUCGUCAACAGUGACAUCUGUACAGUCUAAACAGAAUGAUACGAUUAACUCAGAGAAUUCAACCGCUAGUACUGUUACGGGGACGACCAAUACUGCUGCUACCACUACUAAUAAUAAUAAUGAGAAUGACGAAGCGGUAAAUUCACGCCUUGUAGAACUAAGUCAGGUUGUACAUUUGGCGGAAACAUUAGCUGCAGAAACACGAGAUCCUAGUAGUGUUGUAUUAACAGCAAUGAUUCCAAUGAUUGUGGAUUUAUUUGUUAUCCAACAACCGUUAAACAACCAACGAAUGCAUAAACAAACUCAAAAUAUUGAUGCAAAUAAAAAGCAUCAAAUUCAACAAGCCAAUGCUCAACGUGAAACUAUCUUCCACUUUCUUCUACGUCGUCUUAGUCAUCUACCAGCGUGUUAUGAUCAAAUAUCAUUAAUUCUUGAAGAGGUUAACAUUUCAAAACAAUUGUGUCCACAAGAAAAUGUUAUUCCUUUAGUCGACAGUAUAACUCAGAUUUCAAAUCAUAUUUUAAGUCAUUUCACCGCUGGUACAGCUCAAAUUGAUAAUUCUACUGACUAUGAAGCUUUACAGCGUCUUUUCAAUCAUCUUCUUAUGAUAAUUAAUUCUUUCACUGAAAAUGAAUCAUCCGGUGUAAUAUGGAAUAUUAUAUCGAAAGUUGAAGAAGUAUUAUAUUGUGGAUUUAAUCCUAAAAUUCUUCUAGAUUAUUACAAUAUAACUCAUUUUAUACGUUGGAUUAUGACAAAAGUGAUUUGUAGUCGUUUCAUUUUUCACUUACUCACCUAUGGAGUGAAGUUAACUCAACCAGCUGAAUACAGUGUCACAAAACAAACUGCAAAAUUAUUCGAACAUUCUCUUGUCGUAUUCCAACAAAUCAUUGAAGGUAUUCGAUUUUAUCUCCUGUAUGAACCAUUUUCUAUUGGUCAGUUAAUCAAUUUACAGUUUGAUUACUCCCGGAAGUCAACGAAUUUAGUACUUUUGAUGCACUUAUCUUUAUCUCAUUUACUUUGUCUUACGGAACUGGUAAAAUCUGAUAUUUGGAGAAAUAUUCAAUGGAAUACUAAAGCGACAGUCUCAGUAAUUCAAGAUAUUCAUAAGAAAAUAUAUACACUUGGAAGAUAUGAACCAUUACUGUGUAUAUUAUGGUAUCGCUUGAUUUAUUCAAAUGAAGUGAAUUUUAUUGAAAUACUAAAGAAAUCUAAUUCUUCUUUUGAUGAAGGCGAAAAUGCUUCAAGUGGAAUCUUUUUACCAGACUAUUUUGAUGAUUCAUUAGGGAUAAGUAUCAAUUCAGAACUUGUUAACCAAUCGUUAAUGAUAUACUAUGCUCAAUCACAAUUGUAUAAUAAGGUGGAUACUGGUGUUAUCCUUCAACAGUUGUUAUCAUCAUCAAUGUAUGAAAAGUCUACAACAACACAUCAAACAAAAAUCAUACAAAUAAUAAAAAUGUGGUAUUCUGGUGAACCUGUAAUUUGUGGCUUAAUGUCAUUGUUAUUAAAUUCAAAGCGUGGAUUUCAACAACUUCUUUCUGUGUGCAUGGAAAAUCUUACAUUUAUGUCACUUGGACAGAUUAACUUCCUUCUGAACAAUAUGUUUAACACAGUUCAUUCAGAGUCUUUAAGUAGUCAACUGGAUGCAUUAUUCAACAUAUUUAUUAGUCCACAGUGUAAAUCGAUCAAAUCUGAUCAACGAAAGCAUUGUACCACCUGUGUCAAAAGUAUAAUGCCAAUUAGCUUACGAAUGAUAGCCUCCAAUAAAGCUUGUAAUAUAUUACAGUGGAUUCUUAAAAAUCACAAAAAUGCAGAUUCAGAGCCUGUUAUAUCAAACCAUGACUUGGAGAAUUAUCGUUUGCGGCUAACAUCAUUUGGCAAUACUCUGAAAUCUGAUCGACUACUGUCUUUACUUGGUCAAUUAAUUCAAUGCACUAGUAAAAAGCCUUGUCAAAACGAAAUGCCCAAAUGUAGUACAAGUUUAGCUCAUAAUAACAUUGAAUCUAUUUUGAAGAAAGCUGAUGAAACCAAUUGGUUAUUAAAUUCAGCUAAAGAUUUAUUAAAACACUGUGAUCUAUCAGGCACAUUGAAUGGUAUUCGACUUAUCCAUGCCUUGUCAGAGUGUACAACUAUUAGUGAGAAGAAAAUUUCAAAUAUUCUUAAUGCAUUAUGUCUUCGAUGUUCUCCAAGAAUGCUUUAUUAUGCUUUAGUAUGUGGUUCAUCUUCUACAUCUACAUCGACGCUUUCAUCAUCAUCAUCCAUGUCAACACCGACUUCAUCAACACCUGAUGCUACAAAUCUAUUGUCCAAGGCAUGUCCUAAAACAUCACGUAUUACACCUUGUGUAAAUGUUUUAUUUCAAGUUGCUGAGAAGCUACUUUUUAAAAAUAUACAAGAUAUUGUAACCAACCCUAUGGAAUUAUUCAAAGAAACUGAAGAUCCAACAUUGGUGGAUUCUGUUCAGUCAUAUUUGACUGGUUUAUCAUUUGCUUUAUUGGAGUUUCUACGAGUACUACCGCAUCUACCAGCAGUUGAUUUAGUACCUAUAGAAAAAGAAACAGAUGCUUUGAGUUUCCUACUCAUUCUUAUUGAGUUCUUCUUCUACUCACUGGGUUAUCCCUAUACUCAACUAACCGGUGUUACUUCAAGUGGCGGUAGUAGUCAUAAUAGUGGGGGUGGUGGUGUUGGUGGUGAUAUAAGAACUCAGCCACAGAAUAUGAACACUGAUAACUCGCAUUACAUGCCUACAAGACAAUUUAUGGUAUCUGUAACUUUGAUAGAAAAUACUCUUCGAUUAUUGAAUUAUGUCUUACAGACAGCAUCGAAUCGUUCUGCCAAAGGAGUUGAUUUAUUCGGUGGUGAUGGGAAAAAAUUUUUAUCAAUUUUUCUUAUCUUUCUUUGGAUGAUAGAUAAAUCAGCCUGUCUGUCUGAGUAUUCAACAUUUUGGUCGACAUCAAUUAAUGAAUAUAUGAUGAAAGCUGUGAAUAAUAUACUACACAAUUCUGCACAACACUCACCACCGACCACAUUCUCUUCAUUAGAAUUAUCUACAACAAUUCUAUUAAAUAAUCUACUUACUCCUGUGUAUCCACCUGUUAUGGGUAUAUGGUGGCCGGAUCCCUUGUGUGCAUCAACGCUAUCUCAUUUCUGUGCAACAACUGCAUCUUCAGCAUCUUUUACUGCAUUCAAUUCGACUACAUUACAACAACAACAACACCAAUCGAAUUCAUCAGGGAAUAUACAUCUAGAAGGCGGUUUUAUUCAACCAUGUCAAUUAAUUGGAAAGUGUAGAUUAUUAAGGGCUAAUUUAAGCCAAUCAACUGCCGGAUCUAAUAAUAUAAUAAAUCAAUUGAAUAUUUGUACUUUAGGUAUUGCUCGUCUUUUGCACACCUUGGAUGUAUCAAGUUCACAUGGUUAUAGCUCAAUGAAUAUGUCAUUUCAUGAAUCGAAUCAUACGAAGAAGUCAGAUUUUAUCAAUUCAUUUGUAAACAUGGAUUUAGAUCAUUUAACAUCGAAUAUUACACGUAUUAAUUCAUUGGGUUGGUUGGAUAGACGAGAAUUUGAACGGAUAUGGACAACAUACCUAGAAUUGUUGUCCUCUGCAUCAGAUACUAAUCAAAAUGCAUAUUCAACUACACUAGAAGCUGAUAAUACACAGUUAAUCAGUUCUGAAGAGUUAAUUGAAUGCAGUCAGUCUAUUGUAAUUGGUCUACGUGGUUUAACACGUUUACUUAUGGAUACUUCAUUGAAACCUCAACCUGGCGAUACAUUGUACUCUCGAUUACGUCAUCAUUCUCGUCUUGGUACACCACAUUUCUCUCACACGAAGCUUGGUCGAAAGCUGAUCUCAUUGUUAUCCUUUAUUGAACGAGAACGGGAUUACUUAAACAAGUCUAGUGAAUAUGCUACAGUUAAAAAUUCAAUACAUUCUGAAUACAGUAUGAAUAAAUUCAAUGAAACAGAAGAUUUAGAAAUGAUCAAUUUGGAACGUUUAACUGAUUCAUGCAUUACCGAUGGUCCUAGUCAAUUUGCAGUGGAUUGGUCAAUUCGACGUUUAAAUAUGCGAGAAAAUAUGAAUUCCACUACAACAAUACGUCGGCCUUCAUCAAAUGAAUACAUUCGUGAAAAUGAUAAAAUUCAUUCUACACUAAAAUCACCGAUUUCAAAAUUGAAUCAUCGAACAGUGAACAAUUUAACACUACAAAGUUAUGAAGAUCCUUUAUUCUCAUGUCUACAGUCAUUACAAUUAUUCUAUCAUUCAUGCCUAAAACCAGAACCAUUCCCUACACGACCUAACAAUGAAGAUAUGCCUAGUCUGUUAUUGGGUACUUCAAAACUUGUUGAUCUACUUACAUCAAAUCCAAAUGUUAUAUCAUCUUCUGUGUUGAAUAAAACGUCAACAGUUAAACAAACUAAACCAAUUAAUACUGCACCAUCGAUAAAAGGACCUGCUUUUGAUGUAUGGCAGUCAAUUCUUCAAUCAGCUAUUAUUUUAUCUGAUUUAUUUACAACACAAGAACAAUUUAUCUGGUUAAAUGAUCAUUUACAAGAUGCCGUGAAACAAUUGCCGACAUGGAGUGAAUUCCAAUCACCAAUUCAUGCAUGGUUAGCAUUAGGUAUUGCAAAAUGUACUGCAGUCUUAGAAUUACUUAAUAGUUCACCGAAUAAUUCACAUGUUCUUCAAUCGAAUUCACUUGAACCAGCUGUUAAACAAACAUUGAAUACAAUUAAUUCUAGUUUAUUAACUGUACAAAAUGCUGGUUUGCAUAGUUCUAUGUAUUUAUUACAUGCUGCAUUAUUGAUUAGAACACAACCACAUCAACAACAAUUACAACAGCAUAGUCCACCAACUGGUUCACCUUUGUUAAAUGAUCUUUAUGCACAACUAUGCAGUUAUUUGGAAAAGAAGCUCAGCACUAUAUUUUGCACGUCAACAACAACAGCAACAACAAAUACAACUAAUUUAUUAAACAAUGAAACAUCAAUUAACCAUGAACUGUCACUUUCAUUGAUGACUGGAUCAUCUGGUAUGAAAAAACUUAUGCAAGCAGUACUUCAUCCAGGUGCAGCUAGUAAAAUUUCUAUGAAUUCACAUAUGGAAAGAGGAUCCUCUAUGAUUCACGUGUCAAAUGUUGAUUUAACAGAUCAUCUGGAAAAUCAUCAAUUGAUUGUCCUGUCAACUGCUUUCUUCUUAACUGAACACUUUUCUAGUCCACCAGUCUAUCCUAUUGUAACAGAUUCAAGUUUAGGCAUUACAGAAAUGUUAUCUGGUCUGACAGCUAAUCUCUUUCGAUUAGCACCAUCAAUGCUUGGUGAUACACCUGUAGUGAGUCAAUCAAAGAGUCCAGGAUAUACACAAUGUUCUUCUUUGAGUACAGGAACUACAGUGGAUUUAAGCUAUUCACUUUCUGUUCAUAUGGCAUGGUGUCAAGGUAUUGAACGACUUAUUCAAACUGGACGUCUUGGAAAAGGUGCUAUUGGGAGUCUACAAAAAAUGUGUAUCAAUCGAAUACGUACUUGUCGAUCACCGCACAUAAGUUAUCUUGCUAUUCGUUUACUACUGACUUGUAUGUAUGCAAAUUUGGGCCGGUUAAAUGAUCGUAUUCAGCAUUAUCGACGCAUUCAUAAUACUACACCAUCUGUUCAGAUAUCAAAUGAUAAUGAUGAUAAUAAUGACGAUAACACUAAUCGUAAUAGUAGUAGUAGUAAUUCACAAGACUGUGAAACGAAAAAUUUCCAAGUUACAACAUUAAAUGAAAAUACUACAGGGCCAACAGCAAUAAGUGAAUCUAAAACAGAUGAUCCUAAUUCACUGGAAUCACUUCCUUCAUCACUUCUUCAAGACUCAGAAAAUAUUGCUGCUCUUACACAAGAAUCACUUAAUUGUCUAUGGGAAAGAUUUCGUGGUGGGAUAUCACUGAUUAAUUCACCUGUUCAGUCUACGCAUGGAUUACAAAUCCCUUGGACAAUGAGUGCUUGGACAAGUGCUGUUGAAGCUCGAUUAAUUGCAAGAUUAUUACCAUUGAUCAGCACUGAUAUUACUCAAACUGUGGUCGGUCUAUUAACUAGGCCAGAGACAGUAAAUAAACAAUUUAGUCUUUCAUCAGCAAUAAUUGGUUGUGAUUCAUUGCCGAAUAUUGUUUUAAAUAAAGCAUUAGCUGAAUUUGCUCGUGCUGAUCAUGCCUUUCCUAAUUUAGCUGCUUCAAAUUUAACUGAGUUGUUUGAAAGAUUUAUGCAAAAUGAAAAUGGACAAAAUUUAAUACGACAAUGGAUACUUCUUUCGUUCCCUACACUAUUGAGUCGUCAACCGCCUGAUUUGGCUAUAUGGGCUUGUACUGUAUGUCUGUUGGCUGCAGCUACUGAUCAAAAACUACGAGCAGCAUUGCAUUUAUGCUAUACAUAUAAAUUAUCCAAUUCUGAGUCAACUAAUUCAUGGUAUACAAAUAUUGAUAAAUCCCUGAGUUGUAAUCCGACUACAAAUGUAUGCUUAAAUGAUCUUUUAUGCAUAUCAGCUUAUCAUUUUGUUACUGAUGGCCUGUUGAGACCUUUAUCGAUGUUGGAAUCAGAAAGUCUGGCAAAUCAACGUCAAGCUGAACGGGAUCAUUUCCUUGCUAUGAUUAAAGAUCAUUGUGAUACAACACUCGGUGAUAGCUGUGAUACUACUAACAAUAAUAAUAAUAAUAGGAGUAGUAGUAGUAGUAGCAAAGAAAAUUCCUGUCCCAGUGAUAAUAAUAAUAAUGAUAAUAGUACAGAACACUUUGAUAAUAAUUAUUCUAUAUUUCAUCAAUUGUAUACAAUAGUUAAACAACAAGUUUUUAUAACAACAGUAGUCAAGUAAUCUAUGAUGAUGCAAUAAAACAACACAUGGCUGUGCUCUUCAUACAUACACAAUUGAAUCUCUCUUCUCUGCUUUCUUCUUUUCUUUCUUCUCCAUUGGGCAUUAUUUUCAUAUAUUUUUUUUUAUUGAUACAAUUUUAUACAUGCAUAUGUUGGUGUGGUGGUUGUACCGUCUACACACCCUCAGAAGUAGUAGUAAUAAUAAGGCUUUAUUUCAGACAGUAUGUGAACACAUAGUAAUCAGAGGUCUCCAGCUUUCCAAAAAUAUUUCAUCUUCGUACAGGAUUUACAUGUAAAGUAAUAAUCUGAGGCAGGGCACACGAUACAGUGUUGUUCCCUAUGAACAGAACACAGAACCGAUUCUGUACACUUUUUUUAUCUUCAUUCUCUUCAAGAAUUGCUCAGUGUUUCGAUGAAAGUUAACUAAACAGGUGCGCGAGUUCACAUGGCGAUCAGCUGAUGUGAACUGCAUGAUUAAAAAAAACAAUAUGAAAUGCUAAAAGAGAUUUUUUUAAUGCAUGAUGAUUUAAGCAGGCGCGAUCAUACUCCUUUCUCAUCAUUACUCUAUUUGUAUACGCUAUGUGUGAUAUUGUUUGCUGUGGUUAAUUAAAAUCUCUAUCUAUGUGCGUAUUAUGUAUUCGUGUAUAUCAAUACAUUCUUGUUGUCGUCAAUUUCUUCUUUUUUUCUUUUCAUUACCUUCAUAUUUAUUUUCUAUGAAGUGAUUUUUACACUAUUUGAAAAUGUUGAUUUAUUUAUUUAUUUAUUUACUAAUUCCAAGUUUGUUUGUUUUCAUUUUUUGUUGCUUUGUUCAUUCAUUGGUCUGUUUUAGAUAUUUAAUCUUUAUAUUAUUAUUAUUAAUUAUUUAGUUUUGUUUGUUAUAUUUUGUUCAUGAUCUUGUUAUAAGGAUUAUGCAUUUAACAGUGAUUAUUCUCCUGUUUGUUUGUUUGUUUGUGUGAGUGUGUGUGUGUGUGUUUGUGCGUAUAUUUUUGAUAACCAAUUCUCUCUCUACCUGGUUAAUUAUUUAAUUCCUAAACUCAUUUGAAUGAUGAAUAAAAUGAAAUGAAUCAUC